AAAAUUUUAUUUAAUUAAAAAUUUUUUCCAAAAUUUAUAUUUAACGACGAUAAUUUCCAUCAACAACAAAUUUCGAGCAAUCAACAAUGAUGAUGCUUUUGAAUACAAAACAGACACCACCAUCUUCAUCUUCACAACAACAACAGCAUUUAUUAAUCAAUAAUUCAAAUAUUAUUCAUCCAAAUUCCUUGUCUCAUUCUCAAAUUAUUAACAAUAAUAAUCAUCAUCAAAUUAUUACGAAACCUAUGAUUUAUUCACAGCAACAACAACAACAACAACAGCCGCAGCAACAACAACAAAUGGAUAAUUGUAAUCUAAUCAUUAUGAAUGGUGGCCAUACCCCAAAUUCAACAAAUUUAAACAACAACAUUAUUAUUAAUGAUGAAAUACGUUUUAUACAGAAAUUAUUUCCAUUAUUAGAACGUUAUCGAACAUUUAUUAAUAAAUUUGUAUUCAAUUGUAAUUGUCGUGCCAAUCUAGAUUAUCAUUGUGAAUUGAAUGAUCUGGAACGGGAAUAUAAAAUAUUUUUAUCCGAUAAUAUUUUACAACAACAACAACAGAACAAUAUUUUACAAAAUCAUAAUGUUAUUCAUCAACAACAACAGCAGCAACAGCAACAACAACAUCAUUCAAAUAUUAUGAAUUAUCAUCAACAACCCCAACAACAACAACAAACUUUAAUAAAUUCGUUGAUGCAAAAUCCUCAACAACAACCAUAUUUAAAUACUUCCAAUCAAACAUCAUCGGUAUUGGAAUUGAUUAAUAAAUCGCAAACAUCAUUACCAUCAACAUCGACUUUUAUUCCAAUAUCAUCAUCAUCAUCAACGACUGAUGUUGCUAAUCUUGUGAUUGAGCCAAAAAAUAUUGAACGAUUAUUACGAUCAUCACCAUCGAAUAAUAAUCAACAUCAUCAUCAACAACAACAACAUCAUCAUCAAUCAAUUAAACCAAUUAAUGAUCUCCUUAAAUUAUCAUCGGUAGUAUCAUCCGGGAAUCUUUUAUAUAAUAAUGAUAAUUCAAUUCAACAACAACAACAAAUUCAACUCGUUUCACAACAACAACAACAAUCAUUGAAUCAGAAUUUUAAUUCCAUUCAAUUGAAUCCUUCUGAAUCAUCAAAUUCUGCUCCGGCAACUAUUUCAACAAUUAAAUUGGAGCAACAGCAAGCGACUACAAUUUCUUCCAUUGCUUCAACAAUACCUCAUAUUAUACAUCAAGCGAGAACAAUUCCAAUAUCAAGCAUUUUAAAUGGCCGAAAUUCAAAUUUAUCAUUAACAUCAUCGUCAUCUAGUCAUCAACAACAACAACAUCUUACGCAACCUAUUGAACAAUUUCAAUUCAACCAACAACAACAAUCAUCAACAAAUGCAACAGCCACAACUUUUAUUACGAAUGAUAAUGAUGAUGAUAAUGAUCAAAAUUCAAUGAUUCCUCCAUCCAAUACCGUACAAUCAUCGGCAACGAUUGUAGAAUCAUCAUCAUCUACUUCUAUAGUUAAAAUCGAUCAACAUCGGACGAUUGGUGUUUCUGGUGGUGGUGGUGUUCAUCUUCAUCCAAUCAGCUUGAUCGUCAACGAUAAUGGUUCAACGUCUUCGAAUUCCGUACCGAAUAAUUCAUCCAAUGGCCAGAUAUUGAUUACGAAUCCUGCAAAUGCUUCAAUAGAAUUUACAACAACAAAUCAAUCAUCAACAGCACAGAAUCAAUCGGAUUCGACGACUGAAAGAAUUAAUUUUGUCUCAACAAAUAAUAAUCUUGGAAAACAUCAUAAUGAUCAUCAAACAAUAACUGUGAUUCAUAAUAAUCCGCAUCAUCAAAAUUUACAAAUAUCUCGGUCAUCAUCUUCAUCAACGCCAUCAUCAUCAACAAUAUCGCAAGCAGCAGCCAUUAUUAACAAUCAUAAUAAUACCAUUCCUUCAAUGGUAGCACAUAAACGUAAAAGUAAAUUAUUAUCAAGUACAAUAAAUCUACAUCAUGAUAAUUCGACACCAACAUCGGCUGGUGAUAUGGUUAUUGUUACAAUUCAAUCACCAAUUCGUUCAUCACCAUCAUCAUCAUCAACGUCUUCAUCAUCAUCAUUAUCGAAUACGGUGACUGGAGGUCGACAAUUAUCUUCCACCAACAAUUCCACUAAUGUUAACAAUCCAAAUGAAAUAUCAUUGACAAACAUGGCUACUAAUAAUAAUAAUAAUUCUACAACGAUUGAAAAUUUAGAAAAUAUAUUCGAUGACGAUGACGACGAUGAUGAUGAUGAUUCGGAUGUUAAUAGUGAAAAAAGAUUGGUACAAGAUUCUAUUCGUUCAAAUAUUGCUCGUCUUCAUCAACGUAAUGAUGAUCUAUCCAUCAAUGAAAUGGCAUCGCCGCCAUCAUCAUCAUUACAAUCUUCGAAUUUACAAGCUACUACUACCUCAUCAACGAUUAAAAAACAAAAAUUAUCUCAUUUAAAUACUAAUCAAACAAAUGAAACAAAUUCCAUUUGUAAUGGUGGUAGUAAUAAUAACGGUAAUUCGACAAACUUUUCAUCUGACAAUAAUUUGUCAUCAACAGCAGCAGCUGCAGCCGCAUCUUCAUAUUUUCAUUGUGAAUUUAAUGGAUGUCAUUAUGAAACAAAUGUUUGUUCGAAUUUAAUCAAUCAUCUUCGUAGUGUACAUCAGGUUGCCAAACCAUUUCGUUGUUCAUAUGUUGGUUGUACGGCAGCAUUUAAAGAAAAAUAUAAACUUAAAGUACAUACUGUUGUCCAUACAGGUGAAAAACCAUAUGCUUGUGAUUGGCCUGGUUGUGAAUCACGGUUUUCACAAUCGGGUCAUCUAGCUCGACAUCGUAAACGUCAUACAUCGAUUGAGGAAAAAUUUCAAUGUACAUGGCCAAACUGUAAUCGAUCAUUCAUUCAGAAACACAGUUUAAAAUAUCAUGAAAUGACACAUAGAGAUGAAAAACCAUGGCAAUGUCAAAUGGAUGGUUGUAAUCGAUCGUUUGUUGAACGUUGGAAAAUGUUUAAACAUCAACGAAAAAAACAUCCACAAUUAUGGGCUUUAAAUCAACAACAACGACAAAUGGCUGCAGCUGCCAUUGCUAAUAAUGGUAUUGUUGUUCCAUCAUUACAACCAUCUCUACAUCAACAACCAAAGAUUGAAAACGAAACAGCAUGAAUGUCAUCAAAUUAUUUUCAGAAAAAAUUGUGCACAAUAAAUUGAAUAAAAUUCAAUCAAUUAAUCAA